CUAAAACCCCUCUUCUUAGACCACCCGGGAUCGGUUAGCUUGACUACCCCUAAAGGGGUAGUGAUUUUUGACACCCCCUUCAUGAUUGGCCAAUUUUAUUUCCAAUCAUUGGCAAGUAUUAAUUAAACUGGUUUUUUAUUUUUUUUUAAUCUUGUAAUUUGGGGUCUCUCACCACAUUGGAAAAGAGAAAGAAUCUGGGGAAAAACGAAAUCACCCCCAUUAAUUACAUAAUUAAUUUCUCUCACUGGUACUUUAAUUACACGUACCACUCCACUGGUACACGUACCACUCCACUGGUGCGAGCAAUCCACAAGGUAGGUUAGAGUGAGAACAAUACCAGUGCAAUGAUAUUUUUCAUAACAAUGAUAAACAAUAACGGAGCAACAAUGCAGUACCACUUCAAUGAUACAAAUACCACUCCACUGGUACACGUACCACUCCACUGGUACACGUACCACUCCACUGGUGCGAGCAAUCCACAAGGUAGGUCAGAGGCGAUCCCAGGAUGGCGGCAGCUGGAGAUAGGAGGAUGGUGGUGGGGGAAGGCGCUGGAGGGUUUUGGUCGUUUCAGAGUAGAGGAGGGUUCUGGUUAAAAUGAAAUCAAAAUGGAAAGAGGGCCCAAAUGGAGAGAGAAGGAGACGAAAGGAAGAAAAAAGGCAAUUAAUUGCACAUUUGGGGGGGAGCUUUUUUCUGAUUCCCCAUAUUCUUUCCCUUUCCAAUGUGGGUGAGAGACCCCAAAUUACAAGAUUAAAAAAAAUAAAAAACCAGUUUAAUUAAUACUUGCCAAUGAUUGAAAAUAAAAUUGGCCAAUCAUAAAGGGGGUGUUGAAAAUCACUACCCCUUUAGGGGUUAGCAUAGUAUCCCACCCCUAGACCACCCACAACAAACAGUGGUCAAAGAGGGGAAAAUGGAGAAAAGGGAUGGGGAAUCCCAUAAUAGGAUAGGGAACAAAGGGAAAGAAGGAAAGGCUGGGGGGUUUAUCCUCGAGAGUCGAGAGAAACGCCAAAAGAAGGAUGAAGGGGAGAGAACUAGGCGUGCAGCUCGGUGGUGGUCCGCACGGGAGGGAAGGGGAGCUCCUGGUGGUGGAUCUACCGCCAGUAUAUUUUUGUUCGUUUUCUUUUCUUUGGUUUUUUCAUAUUGAUUAAGUGAUUUAUUAGAGGUUUUUUUUGUGUGUUUUGGCCAACGACCCCAUUUUUCAACGACCAAAUUUCUAACAAUUAUUUUUCCAACGACUAGUAAUCUUUACUAAGGAUACUUUAAUUUUAGUGUGUUUGCUUUAAGUACUUUAAAUAUACCCUUGAUGUAUCGUUUAUUUUUAAUGUGUUAGUUUUAAGUACUUUGAAUUUACCCUUGAUGUAUCCUUUAUUUUAGUGUGUUUGCUUUAAGUAAUUUCAGUUUACCCACACGGUUCAUAAGAAGUAUACGCUGCCUUUUGUAUUCUGUUUCAACACUGAGUAAUAAUAAAUUAGAACGCAUGUCACUAUUUAAUUGGGGCGGUGCAUAGCUUAUGUGGUGAGGCGGGUGCACUCAAGAAUUUCUCUUUUAUUUUAGUGUGUUUGUUUUAAGUACUCCCAAUUUUUUCUUGAUGUAUUCUUUUUAAUUAUGUUUUUAAUCAAUUAUUAAUGCAAAA